AAUGGCACAGGUGUUGGCAGUUCCAGGAGAUGUUAGACAUGGUUUCGCCUACAAAGCCACAUUCGACCAUGAAUUCGGACGAAUAACUGGAAUAGCAGUAACAACAAUGGGGAACAGUUUACUAUGUGAUUAUGAUAAUAAGUGUUUGAUUUUAAUUGAUCCUCUUGGGAAAUACGUAAAAAAGAUUAGCGUAGAAAGUGCACCUUUUGAUGUGGCUAUUACUAGUCAAAAUAUAGGAUACGUUACCCUGCCAAACAUGAGUUCUCUAAUACAGAUAGACCCGGACAGACUGGUUGUACUACAUAAAGUAACAAUCAACGAAAACUUCGCUACCAUAAGUUGUGUGUCAGCAGUACCUAAUUCUGGAAGGGAAAAGGGUCUGUUUUAUCUUGGCGUAAAAACAUGUGAUGUUUUGUACACAUAUCCAAUUGAAAAAAAUAACUUAUGGCUUCCAAUCAAAAACAUAACUGGACAUGGAUAUCCUAUUUGUCAUUCUGUAGUAAAGUUCCAUGCAUUUGACAAUAACACUUUUAUUUCAUGUAUAGGCGGUCAGAACUAUAUCAAUAUUUCAAAAUGUACUACUCCGGGACUUCUCUGUACUGAGCAAAUUGUCGACAUUGAAACUAUGGUUUUGCCAACUGACAUAUGCUCUGAUGACUAUGGACACGUCUACGUCAGUGGACAGGGUUCUAACAACAUACACCGAUUGACAAAGGACGGAAAGGUUAUAGAUAUACCAUUGGACAGUCGACACGGUAUAACACAACCAGUUGCUUUAUGUUUCAACAAAAAUCAUGAUAAAUUCUAUAUUGUCAAUCAAUGGGGAAAAUCAGUAUUGGUUUUUGAUGUUAUUUGAUGAAUAAAGAUUACUCCGCGUAGUUUCAAUACUAUAACUUUGAGUUGAGUGAUGAUUGUACCUUACCAGUUUAUGCAAAUUUACUGCAUUGUGUAAUAUAUACAUAUGGAUAGGUAAUUUCGAACUAAAACCCCAUCGCGUGUUGUUCUUGUAAUCAUUAAC